AAGGCCACAAUUUUGAAUUGAAAUCCAUAAGGAAGAGAAAGGAGAGAGAAAGCGAAAGAGAGGGUAUGGAUAGCUGUUUUCAUUUUUCUUGGAUGUUCUACCCAAGUAAAUCUAAAACCCUAAAUUAUUCGCUUUCUCUUCCUCUCGAAUCAAAUAGGUUCCUGUAAACAGUUACUUCUUUGAAGCUGGAACCAUCUACUUGAGGGAGAAAAUGAGCAGCAGAAAGGAAGAAGAGCGAAAUGAGAAGAUAAUAAGAGGCCUCAUGAAGCUCCCACCCAAUCGCCGAUGUAUUAACUGCAACAGCUUGGGUCCUCAAUAUGUCUGUACAAAUUUCUGGACAUUUGUCUGCAUGACUUGCAGUGGAAUACACCGUGAGUUUACUCACCGUGUGAAGUCUGUAUCGAUGGCUAAGUUCACUUUCCAAGAAGUGGAAGCUCUUCAAAAUGGUGGUAAUCAGCGUGCUAGAGAGAUUUAUUUGAAACAUUGGGAUUCACAAAGGCAGAGACUUCCUGACAAUAGUAAUGCGGAAAAAGUUCGCGAGUUCAUAAGGAACGUAUAUGUGAUGAAAAAGUAUGUUGGGGGAGGGUCAUUUGACAGGCCUCCUAGAGACUCACAGAUUGCUCGAAGCCAUGAAGAUGAAACAAGGCGAGCAAGUUCUUAUCAUUCGUAUUCCCAGAGUCCACCAUAUGAUUUUCAGUACGAAGAAAGACAAUAUGGGAGGCAUGCACCAGUUCUUACUAGAAAGCCUGGUUCAGAUCGAGGUCUUUAUGAAGGAAAAGUCUCAAGUUUCCUGAGUCCUAGUCGACUGAGUGAUCGUAGUCCUAGCCGUUUAAGUGAUCAUAUAUACGAGGAUAGGUUUGGAUUUGGACGGUCUAACUCCAGAGUUUCAGACUAUUCAUCUAGUGCACAAUCGCCUAAUUUCCAGAAGGACAUCGGAAGCCCGUCUAGUGAAACAUCAAGAGAAUUUUGUGGUGAAGAUAUUGCGCAUAAUGCAGCCAACCGAUAUCCAGAUUCAUAUGCCAAUAGAGGUUCUGGACAAAUGUUAUAUCCGCAGAGAACUGCUUCUUCUGAAAGUAUUGGGUCACUGGAUAGCAAUUCCUUGUCUUUCAAGACUUCUGUUGGAGCAGCUGAUGUUGGCUCUGAAGCUGAACAAUCUGUUGAGGCUCGUAGCAAGAAAAUACCAACUUUAACCUCUUUACCCCAAACAUCAGCUCAGGGGAACCAUGAUAGCUUGGACCUUUUCACUGCACCAUUUGCACUACAAAAUGUUACUUCUAUAGCUUUAGCUGGUAGUACAUCUAAUUUGCCAGGAUUGUCAUCCACCCAAAGUAUUGAUCCAUUUGGGACUUCUUGUUUGUCAACUGCUUCAAAUAUUGAUAUGCAGCAAUUACCAAAACCUAAUCAAUCCUCAUCUAUGGACUUGUUCUCCGAGAUACCUCAGCAGCCGCCAGCUGCCAGUCUUGAUGAUAAAUCUCUAAAAGUUAUCCCUCAAAAUGAAGGAUGGGCAACAUUUGACACACCUCAGCAUUCAGCACCAGUGGGCAAUGUGAAUUCUGCGGUUUUGGAAGUGCCUUCUUCUGAUAAAAAUCCUGGGCAGAGCUUUAACCCGCUUCUAUCCUUAAACCAGUGGCCUUCUUUUGAAAAUAAUUCUUCCAAUGGGCCUUCUUCAUCAAUGCCUCCAUGGGGUGCAGCUCAGCAAAUUGUUGCAGCCAAGCCUAGAAUUGAGCCAUGGAAUGCUUUUGAAGAAUCUUAUGGGCAAUUAGUAAAGAGAAGUAGUGAACAAGUAGUAAAUCAAUCUUCAUUUGCAGAACAGUAUUUGUAUAGAGAAUCAGAGGGCUUCAACCAUGGUGAAAUUCCGACUGUUGGAAGGGAUACUUUACCUCCAAUAGCUACUGUAUCAUCAGAAAUGAGUCUGUCACAACAUCAACAUGAUGCACCAAUCCCUCCUGCAAUGGGAGGACAUUCACAUGCACUUAGCCCAAAGUCUACCAAUCCAUUUGAUCUUCCUUAUGAUGCUAAAAUAGAAAGCGAAAACAUGUCCGACUUCUGGGAUGUUAGCUCUUUGCAAGCUGCACUGCCAAAUGGCCAGAUGUCAACUCCCUUCACUGCUGGUGCAAAUGAGCACUGGUUUGCUCAAGAACCAAUGGUUUCCUAUGUUCCUGCUGGUUCAGAUGGUGCCUUAGGGUUCUUGGUAGGGCAGGCACCAAGCACACAAAUGUCGAAGUGUUUUGGGGGAGGAGAAGAAGGAUUUGGAUUCAAGGUGUGUGGUAUCCUAAUGCAUGUGCUGCUAGAACCAUUUGGUGUAAUUUGUUUUUGGUCCUGACAAUGUUGUCUUGAAAAGGAAUGUCCCAUCUCAUGGUCCUGUUGCGUCUGUUGGAGGCAAUCCUUUUGCCUAGUAGACUCUGGCAUAGCCAUUCAAUUUGAUCAAGGUUUAGUGGUUGCUCGUGUUUUCUAUUCUUGGCAGGAGUUAUGGGUUAAAGGCUGUAUUCUUAGGCUAUAUACUGUACGGAUAUUCAUGUUUGUAGUCAUUACCAAAUAAGAAGUGCAGUAGACAAUUUAUAGCAGACCGGGUAAAGACUUCCUGUGCAUCAUAGCCCAAAGUAUAUAUUCAGAAAAUUGGAGGUUGUGGGCUGCUUGGCUGUAUUCAGCUGUGUCAGUAUGACGUUGCAGGUUCUACAGUGUAAAGCUCGUGCUUUUUUACUUUCUCUGUUUUUCUAACGUUUAAGUAGCUGCUUGUUAUUCGUUCUGUGCUUGUUCCUGAAAUAGAAUGGCAUGACAACCGGUGUUGCCUCUCUCCUGCACCAACUAUGAAACUCACAACAUUGGUAUUAGAGAAUUUAUAUCAGCAUAUGUGAUUGCUAUCUGUCCUCAA